AUGGAGGUGCAGGGCCCGGAGGUGCGCGAGGGGCUGCUCUGCACGGCGCAGGACAGGCUGCCCGGCGGCAUCAGCCGGGAGGGCAGCAUGACGGGGCGCCACGAGCUGGGCAGAGGCUACCCCAACCUUUCGGCGGCGGUGCGGGACAACUGGUUGCCGAGUGAAGGCCUGGCCUCUCACCCGCUGGAUGAGCAUGUUGCGGAUAGCCACAUGGAUGAGCCGCUGCUUGCAGACAUCGAAGACGAGUAUGAAGGUGUGUGCGCGGCCAACGCGUCCAGCGAUGAGUACAGCGAUGUGGGGGAGGAUGUGGGGGGAGCCGACACAGAGGUUGUCUUUGUCAAGGAGGGGGUGUGCGUGUUCCCGACCGCCAGCCGGCACCAGCGCAUCCUGGGCAGGCUGUCACUCAUCAAGCAGUACAAUUGCCUGUUCAUCUGCUGGCUGCCGUACGCCGCGGGCGCGGUGCAGCUGGAGGACGCCAGCGGCGCUGGGCAGCGGGGGGAUGCCGGCGGCGGCAAUGGCGCCGUGGAGAGCGCCAAGGAUCGAACCAUGUAUGCGGUGCACCCCAUCCCGCUGUCCGAUGUGCGCGCCAUCCAUAAGCACACGCCGCCGCUGGGGCAGCACCGCAUCACCCUCACCCUGGCCACCGGCGUGUCGCUGCCCUCCCUCCACUUCCAAAACGGCGGCAUCAAGUCGUUCCUGUCAUGCCUGCGGGAGCACGGCCCGCUGGUGCGGUCUGCCGACGACCCCAACACCUACCUGAUCAACGACACCACAGACCCGCUGCAGCGCAGCCUGUUCUCCCUGGAGCUCACUGAUGUGCUGGUGGGCAGGCCGCCGGCGGGCGCAUCCUCAACCUACUCUCCCUUUGCGGGCCCGCUGGCGGCUGAGGGCGACAUGAGCCUGCGGGCCCAGCUGUCUGAGCUUGUCGACCGCUUCCAGCAGCUCACGCAGAACGCCAGGGACACGGCCUCCUCCCUGUUCAGCGGCAGCAUGCUGAUGGGGGCGGGCGGCCCAAUGGCCGAGCCGCACCUGACGGCGGCAGCAUCCACCGCGGCGGCGGCGGCAGCGACGGCGGCGGCAGCAAGCAGCACCCCUGCAACAGCAGCGGCGCCGGCAGGUCCGGCCCCUGACCCCGACUCGCGGCGCAGCAGCCUGGAGGCCUCCACAGACCUGGGGGUGUUUGAGCUGAUAGAGGGCGGCGGCGGCGCGGCGGCGGCGGGCGGCUCGCCGUGGAGCCGCGCCCGCCCGCCCCCGCCGCCGCUCAGCCUGGCUGAGCUCCACACCUUCUUCGAUGCAGAUGGCCGCAUGACCAACUUUUCCGAGUUCAAGCAGCGCGUGCACGACGGCGGUGUGGAGGCGGAGGCGCGGCCCGAGGCCUGGAAGCUGCUGCUGGGACUGCACGCCCCCGGCUCCACCAGGGCCGAGCGGCAGGAGGAGGUGGAGCAGCGGCGGGCGGCCUUCCAGCGCCUGCGCAGCCAGUGGCGCACCAUGCUGCCGGGGCAGGAGGCCAAGUGCAGCAAGUGGCGGGAGCGGCGGACGCGCAUCGACAAGGACGUGCGGCGCACGGACCGUGGCCUCCGCUUCUUUGCGCGGGAGAAGAGCCAGGCGCACAACAUGCUGCGCGAGAUGCUGUUGACUUAUGAGCGGUACAACCAGGACCUUGGCUACGUGCAGGGGCAAAGCGACCUGGCGGCGCCCUGCCUUUAUGUGAUGCGCAGCGCGGUGGCGGAGAGCGGGCAGCUGGCCAACGCGGAUGCGCUGGGGGUUGAGGCGGAGGCCUUCUGGUGCUUUGCCUCGCUCAUGGAGCGCAUGGAAGCCAACUUUUGCAGCGACUCGCGGGCCAUGCACGCGCAGUUGCUGGCGCUGCGGUCGCUGGUGCAGCUGCUGGACCCGCCGCUGUAUGCGCACCUGGAGGCCCACGACUGCCUCAACUUCUUCUUCUGCUACCGCUGGCUGCUGCUGCACUUCAAGCGGGAGUUCGGCUUUGAGGAGGUGCUGCGGCUGUGGGAGGCGAUCUGGUCGGGCGUGCCGGGGCUCCACCUCUACCUCGAGAAUUGGGACUUUGAUGGCAUGCUCAAGUUCUGUGUGGAGCUGAGCGGGCGGCUGAGGCUGGAGCCGCUGCUGCGCGACGCUGACCUGCUGGCCAGCUACGCGGCAGGUGCAGGGCGCGACAUUGUGGCGACCGCGAUGGCGGGCGCGGCGGCGGCUGAUUGA